GGGCGCUCUGCGACGCAUGCAUGAAGAAGGAGGCGCUAGCCACUUUUGCCGGGUGUCCACUUCUUCUUCAGCUAUGGUCGUACGAGCAUUUCGCCAUAGGUAGGCCGGUGGUCGAUCGCUCCCCGUACCCAGAGGAGUGGUACGGCGAGAUGGAAGAGGACGCGCCGACAAUGGCCUCGCUGUGGUGUCGUCGACGGCCACACUGGGCCCACGAGCAGCCUCGCAGCGCGUACGAGCAUUUUCGUACCCAGUUUGACAGGCUACGUCCUAAUGAUGUGGUAUGGGAGCCAUACAACGUUCGGGCCGUUCAUACACGUGCAGGGUCGGGAUUGUCACCCUUGUGCACCCGUGAUGAGGAGUACUGGCUCACCAAGGCGCCCCUUGUCUUCGACAUCUACGUCGAAGAGUACUCACCGCAGCGCGUCAUGCGGCAGUUUGGCCGUCACCAGGCAUUCCCGCUCGUCCCCAUCCGUAUAGUCCCCUUGCACGUCCGCAGGCUUUAA